CUGUUUACCUGUGUUUGCUUGUUGACGUAACUUAAGCCGUUGAACAUAGUCAAAAGCGACAAAGUAUACAAGAAUCGACUCAUUCGUAAAAACCACUCGAGGAGAAUACUCGACCAUUGUCCUUCAAAAGGAAACAUUUUGAAAGUCAACAACCCAGGGGACUGUUGAACUUAGUUACUCGGCGUGACUCGUACAAGCCAGAUAGAUAGAUAGUACAGAAGACGGCUAGGGAGAGGAUGGAUAUUGUAGAAGAUCUACAUCAUAGGGAUCACUCCACGGACGAGAGUGGAGAUGAAGGCUCUUUUCUCGGGAAUGAGACCAUGGACUCUGGGGACGGCUCCUCAGUUUUGUCUGAACCAACACCAGCGACCCGAAGUUUCAAAGAAUCAUCAAAAGGACUAGCAAAAGAGUUCAAAAGAGAUACCGGUAAAUUCGUCCGAUUUAUCAAAAAGAAAUUUACCAAAGCAGACAAAAAUGCAGUGAAAGCCAUCAGCAUAGAGCAAGAUACAAACACAUAUCAGUUGCCGGUGGGAUCGUCUGCUGAGAGCCCUAUACAUACCACUAGCUGGCACUCCGAAGCAAGACAAUCUCCAACCAAUACAUCCAUUACACUCAUCGAUGACUCUUCCUCCAAAAAGAAAAAGAGCUCACAUAAACGCUCCAAGAAAGUGGACAUAGUGACAAUUCGUGACAGUUCUGUUGAAGACUAAAUUAUAUUGCAUUUUGCAUUUUUUUUACAAAUAAUCCCAAUCGUCCUUUUUUAACCCGUCAUCUGAGUUAACAUUGUGUGUUCCAUAGUUUACGUCAGUCAGUUUAUACACUUUGGCGUCUAACUAAGGCCGCUUAAGCUGUUUAUAAUGUUUUUCUUGUGACAAUAUUAGAGUUAUGUGUGACUGUCACAGUUUAAUGUGAAUGUCUCUUUCGAAUCGGGGUUGGGAUUAUUUGAUUUAGCGCAGCUUUGCUACUUGACUUUGGAGGCUAUGUAGCCACUGGUAUUGCCCGAAGGAAAGUAGCCGAGAGUGGAGCUACAAUCAAUUACAAGCCAUAAAGUAUUAUUUUUUGCCACGUGCUUUGUUUAAGGUGCUAUAUAUAUAUAUAUUUGAACUUGCUGUUUUUUGUCACUUUACAUUAAAAAGGUGCACAUACAAACACUACCUUUGCGAAAAAAUGUCCAAGUUUAAAAAGAAAUAUACAUGUAUUGUUAUGGUGCAUUUUGAUGUAAUAAA